AUGAAGCGUGAUGGGUAUACAGACAUUGCAGUGAAGAGGCUGUUAUGGGCAGCAGCUAAAGCUACCACAAUUCCGGAGUUUAAACGAAGGAUGGAGGAAAUGAAAAAGGCUUCUGAAGAUGUGUUUAAUUGGUUAGCAAAUAAGAGUCCAGAUCAUUGGUCUAGGUCACACUUUAGUGUGUAUCCUAGAUGCGACAUGCUUCUUAACAAUACAUGUGAGUCUUUCAACAGUUUCAUUAUGGAAGCGAGAGAUAAGCCAAUUAUUUCCAUGUUAGAGAAGAUAAGAAACUUGUUGAUGGUGAGGAUGCAGUUGAAUCGGGAGAAAGCUGAAAAAUGGGACGAUACACUUUGUCCGAAAAUAAUGAAAAUAAUGAAGAAAAUGAUGGAUGAGGCUUCUGAAUUCAUUCCAAUGAGAAGUGAUGAUUGGAAUUUUCAGAUUACUGGAUCUUUUGACCAAUAUACAGUUAAUGUGAAGGAUAGAACAUGUAGUUGCAGAAAAUGGGACUUAACAGACAUCCCAUGUAAGCAUGCAGUAUCUGUAAUUUGGUGUAGAGGAGAAGAUCCAUUGGCUUAUGUCCAUAAAUGCUAUUUUGUAUCUACAUACAAGAAGUCAUAUGCUUAUCCAAUCUUACCUUUGAGUGGACUUGAUUUAUGGGAAAAAACAGUCAAGGAAGCACCUCUCCCACCGGUUGAAAAGAAAAAUGUUGGAAGACCAGAUGAAGAUUUGGGAGGAGAUGUUCAAAACACAGUGUGCUUUGACGCAUCCUCGCAGCCUUCUAUUAGGGAGUCGGAUAAUCUCACAAUGGAUAUUGGUGAUGCUCCAUCAACAACAAGAUCAUGCACUAGGCCAAGGAAGCGAAAAACACCAACUCAGGCUACCACCACUGCUCCUUCAAAUGCGAAAAUCCGCACCAGUCCAAGGAAAAAAAUGGCUUCAAUUAAAGUACAGUAA